AUGGGGCGGAGGCUGAGCGCGUCCGCCGCCGCAGCGGCGGCGUCGGCGGAGCCGCUCCUGCCGCGGGCGCUGAAGCGCGGGGUACCGCUGGAGCGGUGCGCGUCGCGCGCCGACGACGAGCUGCAGUGGUUCCGCUCCUGCCUGCGGUGGGUGUGCAUGGACCACUCGGGCCCCGCGCAAGCCGCGCUAUCCUGGCUCCUCUUCCUCGUCCUCGCCAUCAUCGUCCCGGCCGCGGCGCACUUCCUCCUCGCCUUCCGGGCCUCGCGCCGGCCCUUUUCUGCCGUCGUGCAGCUCUCGCUCUCGGCCGCCUCGGCGGCGGGGUUCCUCUGCCUCUCCGCCUCCUUCCGCCGCGUCGGGCUCCGCCGCCUGCUCCACCUCGACAAGCUCCGGGGCAAGAGCGACCGCGUCCGGCUCAACUACACGGCGCGCCUGGCCUUCUCCUUCCGCCACCUCGCCUCCCUCGUCGCGCCCUGCGUCGCCGCCGAGGCCGCGUACAAGGCCUGGUGGUACGCCACCUCCGCCGACCGCGUGCCCUUCUUCGCCAACGACGUCCUCAGCGACGUGCUCGCAUGCUCCCUCGAGAUGGCCUCCUGGAUGUACCGCAGCGCCGUCUACCUCCUCACCUGCGUCCUCUUCCGCCUCAUCUGCCACCUCCAGGGGCUCAGGCUCGAGGACUUCGCCGGCUCGCUGCUCGAGGAGGUCGAGGAAGGCCGGGCUGGGGUGGAUACCGUGCUCAGAGAGCACCUCGACAUCCGCAAGCAGCUCAAGGUCAUCAGCCAUCGCUUCCGCAAGUUCAUCGUCGCCGCCCUGCUCAUCGCCACAGCCAGCCAGUUCGCCUCCGUGCUCCUCACCACGCGACGCGACUCCGUCGACGACCUCCUCAACACCGGCGAGCUCGCGCUAUGUUCAGUUGUGCUCAUGUCCGGGCUCAUCAUAAUCCUGAGCAGCGCCGCCAAGAUCACCCACCAGGCGCAGGCCCUCACCGGCCACACCACCAAGUGGCACGCCUGUUGCACCAUCGAGCCCGUCCUCGAGGAUGGGGAGCCCGGGUCCAACCAGAACUCCAUGAUCGAACAAGAACCCGAGAGCGACAGCGACACAGAGUACAGCGCGGAGACCGGCGACGAAGAUCUCCUGGAGAACACCAAGAUUCAUAUGCCGCACGCGCAUGUCAUCUCCUUCCAAAAGAGGCAGGCACUAGUGACAUACUUGGAGAACAACAGAGCCGGGAUCACCGUGUUCGGGUUCACGCUGGAUCGGUCUUACCUGCACACGAUCUUCAUGCUCGAGUGGACGCUGUUCCUGUGGCUGCUCGGUAAGACCAUCGGCUUCUCGUGA